AGCUCCAUCUUCAAUGCAUACUACUCAGUACCCAAGUACAACAUUGGGGCUCCGACUCGGAUUUUUCUCACGAUCCCUGAAGGAUUAUUUCUUGUUGUUUCCUCGUCGUUUUGACUUUAUUCUACCUCUGUCACGACUUUUGCUUCAUUUUCUUUGAGGAUGUCGGUGGCGGGUUUGAAGAAGCAGUUUCAUAAAGCCAGUCAGUUACUGAGUGAGAAGAUAAGCGGGGCUGAAGGGACAAAGCUCGAUGAGGAUUUCAUGGAAAUGGAGCGGAAAAUAGAUGUCACCAACAAGUCUGUGUUUGAGCUUCUAACCAAAACCACAGAAUACCUCCAGCCAAACCCAGCAUCGCGAGCCAAACUGGGGAUGCUGAACACCAUGUCGAAGAUCAGAGGACAGGUAAAGACCACCGGCUACCCACAGACAGAGGGGCUUCUGGGAGAUUGCAUGAUCCGAUAUGGCCGUGAACUCGGAGAAGACUCUACAUUUGGUUGUGCUCUGUUGGAUGUGGGCGAGGCUCUGAAACAAAUGGCUGAUGUUAAAGACUCGCUCGAUAUCACCGUGAAGCAGAACUUCAUUGAUCCGCUGCAGACUCUGCAGGACAAAGACCUGAAGGAGAUUGGGCAUCAUCUAAAGAAGCUGGAGGGACGGCGGUUAGAUUUCGACUAUAAAAAGAAGCGGCAGGGGAAGAUUCCCGAUGAUGAAAUCAGGCAGGCUGUGGAGAAGUUUGAGGAGUCCAAGGAACUUGCUGAAAGGAGCAUGUUCAAUUUCUUAGAAAAUGACGUAGAGCAGGUGAGUCAGCUAGGAGCUCUGAUCGAGGCGGCACUGGAGUAUCACCGUCAAUCUUCCGACAUCCUGGAGGAACUCAGUGGCAAAUUACAGAGCAGGAUAAACACAGCAAGCAGCAAACCUAAGAAAGAAUUCAAGCCAAAGUCCAUCAUGUCCAGCCUGGAGACCAUCAAUAGCAAUCAGCAUAAUGGUGUCUCCUACACUUCCUCUCUAAAAUCCACAGAUACUGAAGUGAACCACAGCGUAAAUGGAAAAAUUGAUUACAUCAGCAAUCCUCCUCCCAUCAAUCCAGACUGGUCCGAAAGCCCCAGCGUGAACAGUCAGACGGAGCUGCACAUGGACCAGCCGUGCUGCCGCUCGCUGUACGACUUCGAACCCGAGAACGAGGGGGAGCUGGGCUUCAAGGAAGGAGACAUCAUCAUCCUCACCAAUCAGAUCGACGAGAACUGGUACGAGGGGAUGAUAAACGGCGAGUCAGGCUUCUUUCCCAUCAACUACGUCGAGGUCCUAAUGCCCCUACCGCAAUGAGGCUUGUAACACUGACUCUGUACAAGAGACUCACUCUGUGGAAGCUUCAUCUUUUAAUGCUUUAUUUUUCAGCAUCUAAGAGUAGUGAUUCAAGACAACUGGAGUUUUAUUAGGUUCUUGAUGAGUAGAGAAACGUUACAACAAGUCCAGUCACCUUGAUUCAUUAUUUCUAGACUUUUAGUGAGCAGGAUGCCUGAAAAACCUAGUAGGCUUUAUUUUUCAGUAUUUAUUUCUCUUUUAUAUGCAGUAUCCAAUGUGCGCUUCUGAUUUAGCCUUUGGCAUUUGUUCAGCACUCUUUUUUCCAGGUAUGCGGCUGGCUAGCGCUCUACUCUUUGUUUUUUAAAAUUUCAGGUUGUGUGUGGUUUGGUGGUUUGAGUGCCUGCACUGAGCUUACAUGUCACCGAAAACACAAUUUAUAAAAUUCGAGUAUCUGUAAUGCUAAUCAUGGGAAUGUUUAUCUCCCCAAGUACUUAAUCUUUCUCUGUUGCACACUUGCUCUUAUUUUCUGUUUUCUGUUUACAUGUGACCUAUUGUGAUCAUCUGGAAUCAUGACAGCAGUAACAAAUGUUAUAUGGAAAACAACGCAGAGAUUGAAGUACAGGGUGGGCGAGGUGGCCAAAAUAUCACAUCACAAUGCUUCUCUCACAAUGCAUAUCUAUUGUUACUGAUUAGAGGCUGAUAAUCAGUCUCUAAUUAGCUACUCGAUGUAACAUUGGAGAGAGAAGGUUGGUGGGUUGUUCUCACUACAGCUAACCCAAACAUGCAAAUAUCUGUCAACAUGCACUGCUCCUCUUUAUGGUCACUUAAAGUUUGCUUUUGUUUCUGUGCUCUGGUGAGAGCGUAGCCAAAGUAAACAGCUGCUGCUACAGACCGAUGUAUCGCCCAUGUGUUGUAAUUUUGGAGUGAUUCUAGCUAUGAAAUAUGAUAAUGCAGUGCCAUUCAUUUUCAUUUAAUGUAGACAUCUGCUGCCAGUGUCUGUUGUUUAGGCCACUUUGAUUAACAGGGCACACAGUUAUGUGAAAAGCUAAUGGAAUCAGAGUAAUGUUUUGACAUUAAUCUUAAAAUCAGCUACAUUAGUUGGUAAAAAGCUCCUGCGACUCCAUCUGACCAUCUGGUUACCGUUUUAAUAUAUACUGAAUAUAAAAAAGGGCAGCACGGUGGCUUAGUGGUUAGCACUGUUGCCUCACAGCAAGAAGGUCUUGGGGUCGAGUCCUGGGUUCGAACAGGCAGGGGCCUUUCUGUGUGGAGUUUGCAUGGUCUCCCCGUGCCUGCGUGGGUUUACUCUGGGUACUCCGGUUUCCUCCCACAGUCCAAAAACAUGUACAUUAGGUUGAUUGGUAAUUCUAAAUUGCCCAUGUGAGUGUGUGUGUGUGUGUGUGUGUGGUUGUCUGUCUGUAUGUGGCCCUGCGAUGGACUGGUGACCUGUCCAGGGUGUACCCCGGUCUUUCGCCCAAUGUGUGCUGGGAUAGGCCCCAGCAGACCCCUGUGACCCUAAUUAGGAAUAAGUGGGUAUAGACAAUGGAUGGAUGAAUAUAAAAAUUAUACACAUCCCUGUUAAAACGGCAAAAAUGAAACCAAGAAAAGGUCCGAUUUUUUUUCAGCCUGCAUGUGAAAUUGCAACACAUAAGUAUAAAUGAAGAUGAAAAAUGAAGAAACAAUCAGAAAAAUAGGAAAUAUAAAAAAGUUGCAAUAACCUGGUUGCACACCCUUUUAUAAUUGAGGAUGUGGCUGUGUUCAGAAUGAACCAGUGACAUUCAGUCAUAAAAAUUCAAAUGAUUAUGAAUUUGUCAUUAAUGAAAUGAUUCUGAUUAACCCUACUUUUAGCUGUGUAUCAUCUUGACUUCAUCUUCAGGCUGUGUGCUGAUUAUUUCCUUACAAUUUACUGGAUCUUGAAUAAUUUUGCAAAAACUUUCGCCACUUACCUAAAAUCAAAAGGUGCUUCAACAAGGUUUAGGGGUGUGCAUACUUAUGCAACUUUGUCCACUCUAUUUUUACGUGUUGUACUUUCCGCAUUGAGGGUGGAAAAGUUUGGACAUGAUUUAUCUUAGUAUAAUUUUUUUUUACAUAUCACAAAAACCUGCCAUUUUAACUGCGGUGUGAAAAUGUUUUCUAUCCAUUGUAGCAUUUCUCAGUCCUGGUCCUGUAUGUUUUGGUGUUUCAACUCCUGAGCUUAUUAAUGAGCCUGAAUUGGUUACAGGAGAAAAAACACCAGCACAAAGUCCAGUAAUCAGUACAGAAAUACUUUGUCUGAUUUAUUCAAAGGCGACAUUAACAACCCUGAAGGUAUUCACUGUCUUUUUGUUGAGACCUGCUAACUUAUAUGAUCAAAUGUAAUCAGCCAGAGGUGAACAUAUUGUAUCACAACA